AUGGACUCGGCAAGGAGUACACGCAGUACGGACCGCAGCAGGCGUGGAACUUCGCGGAAGAAGACAGGAUGUGCGACCUGCAAAUCCAGGCACACGCGGUGCGAUGAGAAAACCCCGGUAUGUAACAAUUGCGAGCGUCUCGGUCUUCAAUGCCGUCCGUCCGAGUUCAUCACCCAGUCGACGUGGAGUAGCAUUCUUUCUACCGAUCCACCUCCCGGGGAGGAACGCGAAACCGACUCGACGUCUACCUUCUCCAAGUUCCUGCCGUCAUUCAGCCCCCAGGCCACACGGGCGUCAUCCAAAGGGAGCGCCAGUGAGCUUUCCAGCUCCUUGACGCCUUCCAAUCAAGCAACUGUGGCAUCUCAAUCAUCCCGCUCACUAUCACGCCCGUCUUCAUCCGGAAUAUCGGUGGAACUGAACGACGAGGUGAUCACCUUGCUCAACACCUUCCGUGCCGGCUUGGCGACAUGGAUGGACGUAUUCGACUUUGACAAAACAUACGAAAGAGAGGUUUCUAGACGUGCUUUGCACUCAGAUUUCCUGCUCCGCUGCAUCUGCGCCUUUACUGCGCGGAAUCUUUCCCUGCUAGUCUCGGGCGAGGUUUGGUCCCCGAUCGCCUCCAGGUAUUAUGGCGAAGCACUGAAUUAUAUGAUCGUGGCGCUAAGCUGCGGAGAGCCAGACAGCGAUGCACUCACUGCGGCUAUUUUAUUAAGUAGUUAUGAGGCUUUGGCGGCAUCCAGGACUUCUCAUCAAUCCCAUUACAAAGGCGCCAUGAGUUUGAUCAUCACCCGGGGAAUCUCUGCGAGCUCCAUUGGAUUGGACAAGGCCAACUUCUUCAUUUACAUGCGCCAUGAAAUCACGAUCGCUUUGAGUAACCAGGAGCCCCUUCAAUUUGACCCAAAGAGAUGGAAUAUCACAAAACCAGGGGCAAGGGCAUGGGAAGAUCACCUCGCAAACUAUUUAAUGUUAUUGAUUGGCCAUAUUGUAAACCUUAUCUACAAGGGAAUUGAGUCGCCGUCUGACCGAACAAGGUUGAAAGAUCAGGUGGACGAGUGGUAUGAUACCACCACAGAAGAAUUCCGGGGUAUAGCGUAUGGCGAGGUAUCCGAGAGUGGAUUUCAGAAAAUUUUCUUCCCAGUCCCUGCCUCAGCUGCUGCAAUUUUAUGGUUUCAUGCGGCCCAGAUUCUGCUUUUUGCAGAAGGGGACACGUUCAGCCCGUCGAGUAGUCUGUCGAAAAUCAAGGUCCAGGAGCAUGCUAAAUCUAUUAUCAAUAUUGCCUCUUCGGAGCUACCUGCCAGCGCUCGUUGCUUUGCCAUAACACCAAUAUAUAUUGCGGGCAAACAUAUUCACGAGAGGGAUUGGAUACUGUACCCAAGACAAGAUACGAUCUUUGGAACGAAUGAUGCAUCGGAACGACUUUACAGUGUGCCGACCGCUUUCGCCUUCCAUGUCGAAUACAUAGAGAAGCUGUUUCAAACCCUAAUCAUGUGA